AGUGUAGCUUACCAUGAGGCGUACAACUUGUUCAUCCCGUUACUUGAUAUUAUAAAAAAAUUAAUGCUUUUUCGCACUUGUAUUUUUUUCCAUCUUUAUUUAUAUAUAGUAUAGUGAUACUUAGCAAAGCUGGUAGCACGCCAGCUACUUUAUCUAUAAUACAUGCCCAAUACCUUUUCAAAUUGUCUUGCACAUUUCCUUUUCUUGUUUAUUGGUAACUUGUGGGCCAUUAUUUUACUUCACAUAUAGAUUUCUCUUAUGUGAUGAUACUGCUAUUUCUUCAUCUUCAUUUAACAAUAUUACCAUGCAGUAAUGUAUUUAAUGUUAAAAAAAUUUAUGAUUUCAUUCCGAAGGUAAACCUAGAAGAAAUAGACCGCUUAAACAGUCUAUCAAAAGGUGAAGAAGACCACCGUGCACGUUACGGUCUCACUAAACUAUCGGACAUGUCCAAAGAUGAAUAUAAAAACUUACAUUUGUCAGACGAAAAGAUGACAAAGUCACCGCACCUGUAUGGUAGAAGUUGGAUCCAAUACAAGGAUUGGAAAAGACAUAGCUACAUGGUAACACGGAAGAAACGAGCUGUUCUACCUAUGCAGGUUGAUUGGCGUACAAAAGGCGUGGUAGGCGGAGUCCGAGACCAAGGGCUUUGUGGUGCAUGCUGGGCUUUCAGCACCGUAGGGAUCAUGGAGACUAUGUCUGCUAUUGGCAAUGGGAAACUUGUGCAACUCAGCGUACAGGAAGCAAUAGACUGCGCAGGUCUAGGCAACAGUGGCUGCGCCGGCGGCGACAUAUGUCUUCUCCUCGACUGGCUGGCCAUUACUAAGACUGCCGUGGAUACUGAUAAGCAAUAUCCUCUGCGCUUGACCGACGGCAAGUGUCGGGUUAAUAAAACUGCUAGCGGUGUACGUGUUAACACGUUCACUUGUGAUUCCUUCGUAGGCGCUGAAGAAAAGAUUCUGGAUGCCAUUGCGACUCAUGGCCCCGUUGCAGUGGCUGUUAAUGCACUCACGUGGCAGAACUAUCUCGGUGGGGUCAUACAAUUCCACUGCAGUGGCACCCCAGCUGACCUAAACCAUGCCGUGCAGCUUGUGGGGUACGAUCUUACAUCGGAAGUGCCAUACUAUAUCGCGAAGAACUCCUGGGGACCAGAAUUUGGCAACGCAGGGUACAUACAUCUCGCUCUGGGAAGUAACAUUUGCGGAUUGGCUAACGAAGUUGCUAGUGUUGACGUUUUAUAAGGAACUAGCCAAAAGCUAGAUUAUUUUGAUUGAUAGUGGUCAGCAAAUUUUUGAGUUGACUGUAUACAAUUUAAUAAGAAAGAAAGCUGGAAAACAUUUAUUUGCACACCAUAAAUGACACCACAUAAGAAAUGAUAAAUAAAAAGAAACAGUACAGAAAAACAUUUUGAAAACCAAAAAUACAAAAAAAAUCAUGAUUAAAAAACGUUCAUACUUAUGACAAAUAAUUACGGAACGAAAUCACAAACACAACGAAAACUAAAUUUCACCAUAGAUUAUUUAAUUAAACAUAAGACCCCCCCAAGUGAAAAUAUAUAUGUGGUGUCAGCUGUCACUAACUCAGUAUUUGCUGGAUUUAGAUUUAUUAAGUAUCUAUAAUAAUGUCGACAUUGUUUGUGAACUGUUAUAACCCAACCUAAUAUGGGUAUUUUGCAAUGGUUGAUAUUACUAUUAAAGCCGUAUUUUUCCAUAAUGCAAUGUGCAAGUUUUCAUAUUUUGCGUAAGCCUCAAAUCAAGGCAGUUAGACAUUGGCACUCGUAAAGAGCGGUAUAUCGCUCCGGGAAUCGGGAAGUCAGUUAGUUAUCGAUUUAGUGUAAUUUUUUACAAUAAAUCGGGUGUUGGGAAGUUAGUGCUUUUUUAAAAAGACAAAUCGGAACGGCCGCCUAACAGAACGUUUACUAGUAAGAUUGGCUGCUGUAGCCGUGUAAGGGCACAUGAAUGGGCGAACAACCGUCGCUCUCAUUCUAAAUAAUAGCAGUCGCUGUAGUCGAAGCCGACUAGGAUGAUAUUAUUAUUAUUAUUAUUAAUGUUGGUGUUAUUCCAUAUUUUUUAUAAAAUCUCAUUGUUUAUUAUUUAAGAUUUUUUUUUAUUUUAAGAUUAUUUAGUGUUACAGAACUAAAUAGGAUCUUGAUUAUUUGUCACAAUGUACAUGUCCGUUAGAGAUGAAACGGAUAUCCGGUAUCCGGUCUAUUUUUAAUAUCCGGCCGUAUACCGGAUGUUUAAAACUUAGAAAAAUUCAUAAUCAGUACGUCAAAUAAAUUGAUUUAUUGAUUAAAGAUGAUAGUAAUAGGAUAAACAACAAGUACCGGAUCGUUGACAAUCUGUUUAUUACUUGUAACUGAAAGAACUAUGAAGUUAGAUAACGCUAUCUGUCAAUGUAGUAUUCAAAUUUUAAUAAAGGCAAAUUAUGGUGGAUGAAGUUCAGUUUUUCUGCUUUGUUAAAUUUUAAAUACUACUUGUUAUUUCCAUUCAAAUUCAAAAUAAUCUUUAUUUCAUUGGCAAGCAUUAUUACACUUGAAAUUGUCACAAAGCUUAAAC